AUGGAUGAGACCCACGACGGCAUUCCCUCUCCCCGGGCCGGCAGUGGAGCCGGGAUGCAGGGUGCUUUCUCUGUGGUCCGCAGGUGUGUGAAGAAAACCUCCACGCAGGAGUAUGCAGCAAAAAUCAUCAAUACCAAGAAGUUGUCUGCCCGGGAUCACCAGAAACUAGAACGUGAGGCCCGGAUAUGCCGACUUUUGAAACAUCCAAACAUCGUGCGCCUCCACGACAGCAUUUCUGAAGAAGGGUUUCACUACCUCGUGUUCGACCUCGUUACUGGCGGAGAGCUGUUUGAAGACAUCGUGGCCAGAGAAUACUACAGUGAAGCUGAUGCCAGCCACUGUAUACAUCAGAUUCUGGAGAGCGUUAACCACAUCCACCAGCACGACAUCGUCCACAGGGACCUGAAGCCCGAGAACCUGCUGCUGGCGAGUAAAUGCAAGGGUGCCGCCGUCAAGCUGGCCGACUUUGGCCUGGCCAUCGAAGUCCAGGGAGAGCAGCAGGCUUGGUUUGGUUUUGCUGGCACCCCGGGUUACUUGUCCCCUGAGGUCUUGAGGAAAGAUCCCUAUGGAAAACCUGUGGAUAUCUGGGCCUGCGGAGUCAUCCUGUAUAUACUCCUGGUGGGAUACCCUCCCUUCUGGGAUGAGGAUCAACACAAGCUGUAUCAGCAGAUCAAGGCCGGAGCCUAUGACUUCCCCUCACCAGAGUGGGACACGGUGACCCCUGAGGCCAAGAACCUGAUCAACCAGAUGCUGACCAUAAACCCCGCAAAACGCAUCACAGCCGACCAGGCUCUCAAGCACCCAUGGGUCUGCCAACGGUCCACGGUGGCCUCCAUGAUGCAUCGUCAGGAGACGGUGGAGUGCUUGCGCAAGUUCAAUGCCCGGAGAAAACUGAAGGGUGCCAUCCUCACGACCAUGCUUGUCUCCAGGAACUUCUCAGUUGGCAGGCAGAGCUCCGCCCCCCCCCCGCCUGCAGCGAGCGCCGCCGGCCUGGCCGGGCAAGCUGCCAAAAGCCUAUUGAACAAGAAGUCGGACGGCGGCGUCAAGAAAAGGAAGUCAAGUUCCAGCGUGCACCUAAUGCCACAGAGCAACAACAAAAACAGUCUCGUAAGCCCAGCCCAAGAGCCUGCGCCCUUGCAGACGGCCAUGGAGCCACAAACCACCGUAGUGCACAACGCUACAGACGGGAUCAAGGGCUCCACGGAGAGCUGCAACACCACCACGGAAGACGAGGACCUCAAAGCUGCCCCGCUCCGCACUGGGAAUGGCAGCUCGGUGCCCGAAGGACGGAGCUCCCGGGACAGAACAGCCCCCUCUGCAGGCAUGCAGCCCCAGCCUUCUCUCUGCUCCUCAGCCAUGCGAAAACAGGAGAUCAUUAAGAUCACAGAACAGCUGAUUGAGGCCAUCAACAAUGGAGACUUUGAGGCCUACACGAAGAUUUGUGAUCCAGGCCUCACUUCCUUUGAGCCCGAAGCCCUCGGUAACCUCGUGGAGGGAAUGGAUUUCCAUAAGUUUUACUUUGAGAAUCUCCUGUCCAAGAACAGCAAGCCCAUUCACACCACCAUCCUGAACCCACACGUCCACGUGAUCGGAGAGGACGCUGCCUGCAUCGCCUACAUCCGCCUCACCCAGUACAUCGAUGGGCAGGGCCGGCCUCGCACCAGCCAGUCGGAGGAGACCCGGGUCUGGCACCGCCGGGAUGGCAAGUGGCUCAAUGUCCACUAUCACUGCUCAGGGGCCCCUGCCGCACCGCUGCAGUGAGCUCAGCCACAGGGGCAUUAGGAGAUCCCAGCUGGAGGUCGAACCUUUGCAGCCAGUGGCUCUGGAGGGCCUGAGUGACAGCGGCAGUCCUGUUCGUUUGAGGUUUAAAACAAUUAAAUUACAAAGCGGCAGCAGCCA